AUGGAUCCGCCACCAACACAACCGUCUAGCGCCGGAUCCGCCACGGCUCCGUCGUCUUCUCCAUCAUCGACGACUCCCUCUGUUGAUCCCUCAUUAGUAAUAACUCAUGCAAUACUACCUAUUGGUGCCAAAGUCUUUGUUGACAAAGAUGGCGAAAAACGGCAAGCUGAAAUUCUGGCGCGUCAACCUAAACGUUCCGGCAUGCUGACCUUUUAUGUCCACUACGUCGAGUUCAACAAGCGUCUUGAUGAGUGGGUCCCCGAGUCCAGGAUUGAUUUAAACAUGGCAGUUUUAUGGCCUAAACAAGGUAAAAAGGCAAUAGGGUCUCAUGGGUCUCCAGCGGCCUCUGGCCCGCAAAAAAAAACUAAUUCCAGACACAAUAACAAUAAUAAUAACGAAACCAUUGAUUUGGACGAUGCAGUCAAUGCACUUAAUGGUAAUCCUGCUGGCGGGGUGCCUUAUGACCGUGGACAGGAGAUUGAGAAGCUGCGGACGUCUGGGUCCAUGACUCAAAACGCACUCGAAGUUUCUCGUGUCAAGAAUAUUUCACGUAUUAUUAUGGGAGAGCACGAAGUGGAACCUUGGUACUUUUCACCUUACCCAGUUGAACUUACAGAGGUUGAUAUUAUUUACAUUUGCGAGUUUACCUUGUCAUAUUUUGCUUCUCGUAAACAGUUUGAGCGGUUUCGUUCGAAAACCAUGCUUAGACACCCGCCGGGAAAUGAAAUUUACCGAGAUGAAAGAGUCUCCUUUUUCGAAAUCGAUGGCCGCAAGCAGCGUACUUGGUGCCGCAAUUUGUGUCUUCUUUCCAAGCUUUUCCUUGACCACAAAACCUUGUACUACGACGUUGAUCCGUUUCUUUUCUACUGCAUGACUCGCCGCGACGACAUGGGCCAUCAUCUUGUGGGGUAUUUUUCAAAAGAAAAGGAGUCUGCUGAAGGAUACAAUGUAGCGUGUAUUUUGACUCUUCCACAGUACCAGCGUCAUGGUUAUGGCCGCAUUCUUAUUGAUUUCUCAUAUGCCCUUUCGAAACGCGAAUCUAAAUUCGGGUCGCCAGAAAAGCCUCUUUCAGAUUUAGGUCUUUUGUCAUACAGAGCCUACUGGGCGGAUACCGUUAUUGAGCUGCUAGUGGAAAAUAGUAAGGCUGGCAAAACGGAAACUACAAUUGAAGACAUUGCUUCGAUCACCGCCAUGACUACAACUGAUAUCCUACACACACUUGGAGCACUCAACAUGCUCAAGUAUUACAAAGGGCAGCAUAUUAUAUGUUUGACCGAUGCACUUGUGGACAAGUAUGAGCGAGAAAAGGCCAAGAAGAGGCACCGAAUAGAUUCUUCGUUACUCAAGUGGAAACCUCCAGUAUUUUCUGCAUCGCAAUUACGGUUUGGAUGGUAA